AUACACUUGCUCGCAAUACCCUUUUUUUUUUUUUUGCAAAUGGCCAGCCGACGACCCGCACAAACGCCGCUCUCGCUCGACCUCGCUGCGCGCUCGCCCGACCCCAGUUCGCAGCACACGCUUUCACCGGCGCCGGCCACGCCGACAGCGCUCAAUCCGCACUGGGGGCUGGGGCAUAUGGGGGUUCCAGGCGGCCACGACCGGUCGGUGUCGCGGCGCAGCUCGGUGGUGAGCACGUCGUCGAGCUUCUUCGACCGCUCGUUCUUCGCCACGCCCGAGACGCGCAUCGUCGACCUGGGCAAGAAAACCACCCUCUCCUACGCCACCCUGAUGCUCAACCUCUACAACGACAUCUCGCUGGACCUGAAGACCGCCGCAGAGGCAAACCGCCGGAUUGGAAAGGCCGCCCUGGCCAAGCCCGAUCUGGACAGAACUCACGCCGACCUCGAUGAUAUGCAUGCCGCCGUCAGGGAGAUUCAUGAAACGCAAGAGUUCGCCAGCAUCAAGGACCUGCUCUGCCGCUCCCUGCAGGUCUACGAGCAGAUCAGGGAGACCCAGCCAUUGGCCUCCAGAGCCACUGGCGCCAUAAAUUAGCACUCUCCGCUGCACCCACCCUCACUAGCACCAUUCAGUUUUCUUCUGCUCACCUCUACCCUCCGGCUCCCCUUUCAAACCGCAUCUCCUCACUGCCUUCCUACCAUGCCUAGAAAUGCCGACCGAAACCUCCAGCCAGAGGCUGCCAAGUACGAGGACUGCAUGCCCUGCCGCCUCGUUGGCUUUGGCGCUAUGGCCGGCCUCUCUGGAUACACCAUGUAUGAGCGCUCGCGCUUGGAUCCGAUAAAGUUCGCCGCUCGCCGCAGGGGCAUGCUUGGUCUGGGCAUUGCGCUGUUCGGCGCUGGCUUCUACCGCCUCUUCAACUAGCAGAAUGUACCAGAGAUAAAAAUUCCAUAUUUUGCG